AUGUCUAGUCAUGAAUUUUCACGGGUGAAGAUGUCAGCACCUUCAAACACUGACUUAUUGCGCCGGUCGGAAUUGUGGGCUCGUGCAAUGGCAUCAUAUCAUCAGGUCUGCAUGCAAAAGGGACAACUACCCCGAAUUAAUCAGACACAAGAUCCAGCACAACGUCAGAUGAUUCUUGAUAGCAUUACCCCAUCACUGGCGCUUAAGCUGCGCUGCCAAGAGCUCGUUACUCGGUGCUGUGAGGAUGUCAUGGAUAAUGGACUUCGCUCUAUGUCCGUGGAGCAAGAAAUGUCUCUCGACGGUUUACUCCGUAUAUAUGAAGGCCAAAUGAACGAUCUAGAGCUACAGGCGGUGUCCGAUGAUGAACGCUUUGACAUCUUCCUCUGCCGCAUGGCUAUCCACAGCUUCCACUUUUACAAGAUCCAAACACUCGCCUCCAGUGCCUGCUUUCCCCGAAUCCUGAUAACAGCCUGCAACGUAAUAGACUAUGUUCAAUCCCUAACGGACCGAGUUCAAAGCCUCGCCAUGACACCGGUCCAAAUGCAUUUCGGCCUCCUCCUAGCUUCGUGUGCUCUAAUGCGAAUCCUCAAAAGCCCCUCCUCCUCAAAGGGCCUCGAAACUAUCCGUGCCCGCUCCUCCCUAUUCACAGCCAUCAACCUCGCGAAACAGAUGUCCGUCGAUAGCGCAGAUAUAGCAUCUAAAAUAGUCACCAUUCUCAACGGGGUAUGGAAUAGCACGAAGGCUUUCCGAAAACCGGAUGGAUCGGAGUUCAUUACGCUGAGGAUUCGUGGUAGACUCGUCAUUGGUCCUGUCAUCGAUACUAUCUGGUGGUGGAGGGAUGAAUUCGAUCCACCUUCAAGGAUGCGUUCUGUCGUUGAACCUACUAGUGGGACAGUAUAUGGUCAGUCGCGCUCAUAUUCUGCUGAUGCUACUGGGACGGUGAAUAGUUUUGAUCAAGGUCAGCACGAUCCGACGGGUGCUGUAUUGAGCCAGGAUGCGUUUCUUCUUGAUGAACAGUUUUUGGCGGACUUUGAGUGGGCUCUUGGGGAUGAUUCGCUUUUUUCGCUGGAUCCCAUGUCGACUAGUUGGCCUUCUGCAAAUAACAUGCUAUAA